AUGGAGAGAGAAGUGGUUACAGCUGCUACACCAGGGACCAGAUUGCAAGAUAAUUCUGGAACGGAAAUAAGCUUACUCAUUUUGGUGGGAUUUAUAGGAGAGUUUCAAGUUUUUACAAGUGCCUCCUUUCCAGUCAAUUGCCAGUGGGAUUCCUAUGGCCCUUGGUCGGAAUGCAGUGGCUGUACCAAGACUCAGACACGCAGACGAUCAAUUGCUGUUUAUGGGCAGUAUGGGGGCCAACCUUGUGUUGGAAGUCCUUUUGAAACACAAUCGUGUGAACCUACACGAGGGUGUCCGACAGAAGAGGGCUGUGGAGAACGUUUCAGGUGUUUUUCAGGUCAGUGCAUCAGCAAAUCAUUGGUUUGCAAUGGGGAUUCCGACUGUGAAGAAGAUGGUGCUGAUGAAGACAGAUGUGAGGAGGCAGAGAGCAGACCUUCCUGUGACAUUGAUAAACCUCCUCCCAACAUAGAACUUACUGGCAACGGUUACAAUGCACUCACUGACCAGUUUACGAACAAAGUUAUCAACACCAAAAGUUUUGGUGGUCAAUGCAGAAAAGUGUUCAGUGGAGAUGGAAAAGAUUUCUACAGACUGAGUGGAAAUAUCCUCUCCUAUACAUUCCAGGUGAAAGUAAAUAAUGAUUUUAAUUAUGAAUUUUACAACAGUAGCUGGUCCUAUGUAAAACACACAUCGUCAGAACACACAUCAUCUAGUAGGAGCAAGUCCUUCUUUAGAUCUUCAUCAUCUUCUUCACACAGUUAUACGUCAAAUAUCAAUGAAAGCUAUAGGAAAAAGAGUUACAAAUUGUUGGUUGUUCAGAAUGCGGUUGAAGUGGCUCAAUUCAUUAACAACAAUCCAGAAUUUUUACAACUUGCUGAACCAUUCUGGAAGGAACUCCUCCAUCUUCCUUCUCUAUAUGACUACAGUGCCUACCGAAGAUUAAUCGACCAGUAUGGAACACAUUAUCUGCAGUCUGGUUCCUUAGGAGGAGAAUACAGAGUUCUAUUUUAUGUGGACUCAGGAAAAAUCAAACAAAGUGAUUUUGGUUCGGUAGAGGAGAAGCAAUGUACUGCUUCAGAUUUCCAUUUUCUCUUCACAUCAUCAGAGCACAAAUGCAAGGAACUGGAAGAUGCUUUAAAGUCUGACUCAGGAACCCAGAGCAAUGUGAUACGAGGAGACCCAUGGGUCAGAGGAGGGGGAUCGGGCUUCAUAGCUGGGCUUAGUUUCCUAGAGCUGGACAAUCCUGCUGGAAACAAAAGGCGAUAUUCUGCUUGGGCAGACUCUGUGACUAAUCUUCCUCAAGUCAUAAAACAAAAGCUGACACCUUUAUAUGAGCUGGUAAAGGAAGUACCUUGUGCCUCUGUGAAAAGAUUGUACCUGAAACGGGCUCUUGAGGAGUAUCUGGAUGAAUUUGACCCCUGCCAUUGCCGGCCUUGCCAAAACGGUGGCGUGGCCACUGUUGGGAGGACUCAGUGUCAGUGCCAUUGCAAACCGUACACAUUUGGUGUUGCAUGUGAGCAAGGAGUCCUUGUAGGGAACCAAGCAGGAGGGUUUGAUGGAAGUUGGAGUUGCUGGUCCUCUUGGGGUCCUUGUGUUCAGGGGAAGAAAACAAGGAGCCGAGAGUGUAAUAACCCACCUCCCAGUGGGGGAGGAAAGGCCUGCGUUGGAGAAAAAAUGGAAAGCAGGCAAUGUGAUGAUGAGGAGCUGGAGCAUUUGCGAUUACUUGAACCACAUUGCUUUCCAUUGUCUUUGACUCCAAAAGAAUUUUGUUCAUCACCUCCUGCCUUGAAAGAUGGAUUUUUUCAAAAUGAAGGUGCCAUGUUUCCUGUUGGGAAAAACAUAGUAUACACUUGCAACGAAGGAUACUUUCUUAUUGGAGACCCUGUUGCCAGAUGUGGAGAAGAUUUACAGUGGCUUGUUGGAGAAAUGCAUUGUGAGAAACUUGCCUGUGUUCUACCUGCACUGAUGAAUGGCAUACAGAGUCAUCCCCAGAAACCUUUCUACAAGGUUGGUGAGAAGGUGACUCUUUCCUGUUCAGGUGGCAUGUCCUUGGAAGGUCCUUCAGCAUUUCUCUGUGGCUCCAGCCUUAAGUGGAGUCCUGAUAUGAGGAAUACUCAGUGUGUACAAAGAGAUACUCCUUUAACACAGGCAGUGCCUGAAUGCCAGCCCUGGGAGAAACUGCAGAAUUCAAGGUGCAUUUGUAAAAUGCCCUACGAAUGUGGAUCUUCCUUGGGUGUCUGUGCUCGAGAUGAGAGAAGCAAAAGGAUAUUGCCUCUGACAGUGUGCAAGAUGCAUGUUCUCCACUGUCAGGGUAGGAAUUACACUCUCACUGGUAAGGGAAGCUGUACUCUGCCUGCCUCAGCCAAGAAAGCUUGUGGUGCAUGUCCACUAUGGGGAAAAUGUGAUGCCCAGAGUAACAAAUGUGUCUGCCGUGAAGCAUCUGAGUGUCAGGAAGAGGGGUUUAGCAUCUGUGUGGAAGUGAAUGGUGAGGAGCAAACGAUGUCAGAGUGUGAGGCGGGCAUCUUGAGAUGCAGUGGGCAGAGCAUCUCCAUCACCAGCAUAAAGCCCUGUGCUGCAGAAACCCAAUAG